AUGUCUCAGGACGUAGCGAGCAGUAGCGUCGCGCAGGCCGUCUCGACUGGAGAUCAGUCGAGCCCAGCGACGAGCUCUACGGCGAGCCCAACGGCGAGCUCUACGACGGCAGCAGAGUCGGCCUCAGCGUCAAGUCCGUCUGGGAGUAAUAUUUCUCCAGGCGCGAUAGCUGGAGCAUCAGUGGGAGCCUUGGUCGCGGGCCUCAUCGUCGGAUUCCUCGUCGCCCUGGUCUUCCUCCGGCGUCGCAACAAGCAGUCGUCUCCCCCAGAGACAAAAGGCCGAAGCAUCUCAGCAGCAGCUCGUUCUUCGGAUCGAAAGUCAUACUCUCCCGUGCCCGAGACGACGAACGGGACCGCCGCCAGUACCGAUGUUCAGCUCGAUCAGUUCCUCCUUGACGGCGCACCAGACGAUGAGAUCGUGAACGAGCUUCAGGCCUUGUCCGAUCUCAUCUACCAGCACGUGGAAAACAACUACGACCUCCGACCUAUCCAGGCCAAUGUGGACGACCUCUCACGGCAGCUCCAAGCCCUGGGGUUUGUCAAGAGUGCGCACCACGAUUCCGAUGCCAUCGCCGCGCUGGCUCUUGACCCCAAAACCCGCCAGACCGGCCUACGACAUGUCAUCUCAACUGUCGUGUUCAAGAGCAUCGACGUCCACUCCCGCAGUCCCCUUUCCAUGCUCCCCGUCCCCGUCGCAGCUCUUCUCCAGACGAUGCCUGCCCCGGACCGCCAGAGCGAGCACACAAAGCGAGCCACCACGCAUGCACUCUCAAAUUGGCGCAGGCUCUCCGCCUUCCUGCUGCACCCGGACCCCAGCCAGCGGACCUCGCUGCCCGUGCCUGAGACGGUCGUGUCCAGCCAGGCCCUGGCCCUGACCAGCGCCCUCAACACGUUCCUCGACAGCUUCGUCUCGUCCUCGCACGCCGGCCAGCGGGAGCACCUGCAGCUCGUCAUCGUCGAGUGCACCAAGCUGGGCUACGUGCUCUUCUCGCACCCCAGCGACUGGCGGUUCGUGCACGAGGCCGGCAGGGGUGGCGCGGUGGUCUGCGCCGGGCUGGAGAAGCUGAGCCAGCGCGGCGGCGUGCCCUACAAGACGCCCAAGGUCGUUGUGCCGCCGACCGCCGUCCAGCUGUGA